UUAGGCAUUACUAAUGGUAUUUAUUUGUUGUCCCAUCGUCAAUACGAUGGAACCCCGCGCUCACCUGUUGUUUGACAUCGGGGCAUAUCCUAACUCUCAAUUUACAAUCUUUCAGAUUAUUCUCCAUUGAAUCACACAAGAAACAAGACGAGCACCAUGGCUGCCAAAUCUCUGACGGGUGCAUGCUUAUGCCAGAAGAUCACAUACCGCAUCGACCUCCCCGCUGACACCCCAACCCCCAAGGUUGCUAUUUGCCACUGCAACGGCUGCAAGCGGAACUCGGGCUCCGCCUUCUCCACCAACGUUAUCAUUCCCAAACCCACCUUCACCUAUACUGCCGGGUCUCCCAAGGUUUACGUCGACACUACCGGCGAAUCAGGUAACGCAGUGCAGAAGCAUUUCUGUGGGGACUGCGGGACCCCGUUGAACGCGCAGCCGGAUGGGAAAGGCAUCGUUGUGGUCAAGGCGGGGACGUUGGACGAGGAGCCCCGUGGUGAGUUAGAAUUAGCCAUCGAGAUCUUUUGUAAACGUCGGGAGGCAUGGGUGGAUCAGAUCGGCAGCGUGCCCAAGACCGACGGAAUGAUGUAAACCUAUUGGAAUUACUGAUUAUAUUUAAUCAAAUUGCUCAUCAACUUUGAGAUCAA